GGCAGUCGAUGAUUGCUGAUCGCGAAAAUGUGGCGCGUCUGUGUGAUAUCCAUACUUAUCGCGACACUGCACGCGCAGGAUACAAUUCUUACGUCCGACCUGUCGACCGCUGUGGAAGACCCCAGCACGAGGAUCAUUGGUGGCAACGCUACCACGAUAGACAAAUAUCCCUUCGCGGUGCAGAUCCUGUACAACUCCCAGCUUUCCUGCGGUGGCUCUCUGAUCACUCGCCGGCAUGUCCUGUCGGCCGCGCACUGCUUCGUGGCCACAAACGGCCAGCAAGUUAGCCCCGUAUACUUCAGCGUCCGAGUCGGAUCAACGUAUCUAAAUACUGGUGGUACAAUACACGCGGUGUCUGAAGUCAUAGUCCACAGGUCCUACAAUACACCUGUCCGGGACUACGACAUCGCUGUAAUGACUCUAGCGACAAGAGUCACGCUGUCCAGCUCAGUCGGCACGGUUUACAUACCCGUAGCCGACGCGGUGGUCGCAGACUACGCGCUGGUCACCACUGUGGGGUGGGGCAGGACCAACUCGACAGUGUCACAAGCAUCGUCGGUGCUGAACGAGGUUCAGAUCUACACCGUGAACCACUCGGUGUGCGAGGCGCGCUACGCCUAUUUGCAGGAGAUCACCGGCGACCCCUACCCAAUCUCAGACAACAUGCUGUGCGCCGGCCUCAUCGACGAGGGAGGCAAGGACGCGUGCCAAGGCGACAGCGGUGGGCCGCUGGUCCGCGGCAACGUGCUCGUGGGCGUGGUGUCGUGGGGCUGGGGCUGUGCACAACCGGUGUUCCCCGGUGUGUACACGCGGGUGUCCGCCUUCACCACGUGGAUUAAUAGCACGGUAUCCGGGGUGCCGCAAGCUCGGAUCAACGCGGCGGUUUCGGUGCAACUAAACCUGAUUAUAGUCACCGUUGCACUUAUAUUUAUAAGAUAAAUGACCACGUCCAGUUUGACGUAAGAACGAAAGCAAUAUCUUCAACGUCCCAGGUGGUUUGCUGCAGUUACGCGGGAUUUGCUCAAUACCAUUUAAUAUCGUCGUUAUGAGAUACGAAAAACGUAGACAUUUUAAGUUAAGAACCUUUUUUUUUUCUUGGAAAUUAUGUAUUCAAACUAUGACUAGACCAUUUCAACUACUAAUAUAAUCUGUCAAGAUUUCUAAAAGUGCAUAAUCCAGGCCUUUAAAGAAUGCAUUUCUGCCGCCGGUCAUAGAAAACAGUUGGGAUAAGCUUUUACAGCACAGUAUGACUAAAAAAAAUAGUUUACUUAUUUAUAUAACAAUAAAAGCACACUGUAAGUUACGGAAAAAAAUCGAUAUCUAUAAGGAUAUACAUAGUUUUUAAUAAUAAUCUUAUUAAGUAGAGCAAAGUGUUGCAAUUGAACGAUAUUCAAAAUCCAUUGAAUCACCAGCUGUCAGAACGCAUUCUAUAAUGGACCGAGUUAUAGGCACGAUAAUAUGCCAAAGGAUGGAAAAUUUUUAAACCUCUUUCAAAGCUUUAGUUAUUUAUUAGCAUUUUUAUAUCCUUGUCACAUUGUUGUGUGGCAAUUUUUUCUUUCCUGUCUUAUAAUUUUAACAAUCGUUACAAUCUACUUUUUAAGUUUAUUUUAAAUUGA